AUGGCAGAUUUUGGAGAUACUGAUCCUCUGUUAGAACAUAAUGAUGAUGAUGAUGAUGCUGAUGAUGAUGAUGAUGAUGACGAACGAAGUGAGGCGGGAGCAGAUGAAGGAGACACAACAACACCUUUUCAACCAGACGAGAAUUCAACUCCAGGGCCCUCAGGUGAAGAAAAUCGAAUGACGACAAUGAACAGAGAGCAAGAAAAGGGCUCAAAAACUGCUGAGACAUCUUUUAUUGAAGAGCGAGAGGUUUUGAUUGCACAGAAAUAUAAAGAAAUUGAGAAGCUACAACAGUCAAUUCAAGAUGAUCGAGAUAUUUCUGAUGAUGAAAAUGAAAACCCUGCUGUAAGAGAACGAGCAAGAGAAAAGAUAGCAGAAAAUCAAGAGCAGAUUGAUGAUCUUGAGAAUGAAAGAGAGAGACAGGAAGAAAGAUUAUGA